GACCGCGGCUUCAGUCCGUAGUUGCUGAGGGGAAAGAGGGCGCCGCCAUUUUGUUGAUAGCGAGGAGAGUGGAGGCCUCAGCCGGGAGCUUGCCCGACGUCCUCUCGCGGCCUAGUCGCAACCGAUUCUUUCCUGUGCUGCCUAGGCUUCGCGCCAACGUAACAUCACGGCGGAGAUGUCAGAAUACAUCCGAGUUACAGAAGAUGAGAAUGAGGAACCCAUUGAGAUCCCGUCAGAGGAUGAUGGGACAGUGUUACUCUCAACAGUUACUGCUCAGUUCCCAGGGGCGUGCGGUCUGCGUUACAGAAACCCUGUCUCUCAGUGUAUGAGGGGAGUCCGAUUAGUGGAAGGAAUUCUUCAUGCGCCGGAUAACGGCUGGGGAAAUUUGGUAUACGUGGUGAAUUACCCCAAAGACAACAAGAGGAAAAUGGAUGAAACGGACGCUUCAUCGGCCGUCAAAGUGAAACGAGCAGUGCAGAAAACCUCUGACCUGAUAGUUUUGGGCCUUCCAUGGAAAACCACAGAGCAAGAUCUGAAAGAGUAUUUCAGCACGUUUGGAGAAGUUCUCAUGGUGCAGGUGAAGAAGGACAUCAAAACUGGCCACUCAAAGGGGUUUGGUUUUGUAAGAUUUACCGACUAUGAAACCCAAGUGAAAGUCAUGUCUCAGCGUCAUAUGAUAGAUGGAAGAUGGUGUGAUUGCAAGCUCCCCAAUUCUAAGCAAAGUCCAGAUGAACCUUUGCGUAGCCGGAAGGUGUUUGUUGGGCGUUGCACCGAAGACAUGACUGCAGAUGAGCUCCGUCAGUUUUUUUCACAAUAUGGAGAAGUCGUGGAUGUCUUCAUUCCCAAGCCAUUCAGAGCUUUUGCCUUUGUUACGUUUGCUGAUGAUCAGGUCGCCCAGUCCCUUUGUGGUGAGGACUUGAUCAUAAAAGGAAUCAGCGUCCAUAUAUCCAAUGCUGAACCUAAGCAUAAUAGCAGUAGACAACUAGAAAGAGGUGGAAGAUUUGGUGGUAAUCCAGGAGGCUUUGGGAAUCAGGGUGGAUUUCCUAACCGGGGGGGAGGUGGUGGAGGCGGCGGGUUGGGUAACAACCAGGGCAGUAAUAUGGGAGGGGGGAUGAACUUUGGGGCCUUUAGCAUCAAUCCAGCCAUGAUGGCAGCUGCUCAGGCAGCGCUGCAAAGCAGCUGGGGGAUGAUGGGCAUGCUUGCUAGCCAGCAAAACCAGUCCGGGCCGUCAGGGAACAACCAGCCACAAGGUAACAUGCAGAGGGAGCAGAGCCAGGGGUUCGGUUCCGGAAGCAAUUCCUACGGAGGUUCGAACUCCGGCCCAGCGAUAGGGUGGGGCUCCUCCAACACAGGCUCCGGCAGUGGGUUUAAUGGAGGCUUUGGCUCAAGCAUGGAUUCCAAAUCAUCUGGUUGGGGGAUGUAGGCAGCCUUAUACUGACUCUGUGGUGGGAAAUCAGAUUUUUUUUUCUAGAGCUCCUGGUAAGUAUAAUAUAAAAUGCAUAUACUAAAAGGAAAAAAAAAACCAAAUCAAUUUGUUCAGUGUGUAGUAUAUUUCAAUAGUAUUUUUGACACUUUUUUUCUUUUGUAAGGGGGAAAAAAAGAUUAAAUGAAGUUUUAUAGGUUUUGUUACAAUGAGUUGGAAUACAUGAGUUGGGAUAUUGAGUGGCUGAAAGUGAACUGUUUGCCUGACUGGUAAACGGAUGUGCUGCAAUUUAAUAGGAAUUUGUAAAAAUUUGAUUCCUCAUUUCCUAGUCAGCCGAGAUCUUUGCACGUUUCAAAAAAAUGGAAGCCAUUUUUCAGAAACUGCAUCCUAUCCUUAUUAGUUUUUUUCUUUUAAAAUUUAAUUUGAUCCCCCCGCCAUAAGAAUUUUUCUCUCUUUCUCUCCUUCCCCCUCCCCCAAAUGUCCUGUGUGGAGAAUGCAAUGUUGGUGUCGGCUUUUUUUCCUUUUAACACUGUCUCCCUUCUCAUACUAAAGUACGGUAUGGAGACCUCAUUUAGUCCUUGCAGUUCAUCUCAUUUCAAAUGUGUCUGGAAGAAGCACUUCAUUGAAAACAGUGCAGUUAAAAAAAAUGCGCACACAUACACACACACACACACACAUAUAAAAAAAAUAUCUGCUUUAGGAAUACUCCUGUCUCCAUGCUUUCCUCAUCCGAGACUCCUUCAUCACACCGCACAUGCUGCGUCUUAAGAUGGUGGGUGUUCCAUUUUAUCCGCUACUCUUUUUAUUUCAUGGAGUCGUAUCAACGCUGUGAACGCAAGGCUGUGAGAUGGAAACCAGAAGGCUUGUUUGAACUUCUGAAAACCUUGUGUGGGAUUGGAUUUGUGGUGCCAAGGCAUGUGAGGGCUUGGUAUGUGCGAGAAAAAGGAGGCGGCGCAUGCAGAGAGAGACUUGGUGGUGCAUUAUGGGAUUUUUAAAAAAAAAAACACGUUUUUUUCUUGACACAAUGUCCCUCGAUCCUGUGGCUUUGGUGAGAGAGUGUGCGGAGAGCGAUGGGAGCAGACGUACGAAUGUUUCCCUUGCAUUCGAAAGGACAUCUGAUCUGGAAGAACUUAAAGGGGGGGAGGGCUUUUUACUUAGUUAACCGAUUAGUUGGAUGUGUUAAGUGAAAUGAAUAUCUGUAUUUUUUUUUCUCCUCUAUGUCAACUCUGCUGUGAAUGCCGUAUGGUGUGUGUUUUUUUCUGUUCAAUGAUCCUGUAAGUGUGGCAACGUGAACUGAAGGCGGGGCUUUUGACGGGAACAUCCAGCUUGUGGUGUGCUUUCUGUGUCUUUUUUUCCAGCAAAGCCCACUUGCAAGCUCAGGUGCUCCCUUGCGGGUGGAAGUUUCUCUGUCUGUAAGAUAUCCAUAUGAAUGCUGUUUGCUGAAGUUCUGUGUUUGGAUGCUUUUUUAUAAGAUUUGUCAAUGUAGGAAAUUCUUAAAUAAAACUGAUUUACGUAA